UUUUUUGUUAUGGUAAACACUCGAUUAGCCAUCCACGUUGUUUGGUUUCUUUUUAAAUAAUUGUUUUAAAAACAUAAAACUCUAAAAGAAAACUAUGAAGAACCAAGAGCUCGUCGACUAUUUAUCAUCAUUUGGUGUUUGCCGCAUAUGCCAAUUGCGAUAUCUUAAGGCGCGGGGCUCUGAAUACCGCGAUGUAAAGAAAACAUUUCAAAAGCUGGAAGUAACAGUGGAUGAUUUGGAUAAUGACGACGAUGAUGAACUAAAACAAGAACCUGUUAAAAAGCCACGUUUAGCCAAUUGUUCGCUGUGCCUGGGCUUAUUCUCGGACAGUUUUCAACAGGAUUUAAUUUCACGGAUCUUGUCUUCAGAUUUUGCAAAAUAUGAAAAUCAGAGUAUAGUGCUGGCAAUAAGUAUGCCGCUGACAUUGCAAAUACGUCAAUUAUCUAUGUGGUUUGCCUUACAAAGAAAAUUUGGCUCACCGCCCAUCGAUCAGAAUUCCUCUCCAGAUGUUCCAAUCAAGGAGGCUGUCAAAUUGAUUCUACAUCCCAUAAUUUGUAAGCAAUUGGGCAAGGAAUAUGAUGCUAAUGGUUUAAUGAUUAACAUAGAACUCAAGCAUAUGGUGGAAAAGGAUGAAGUUGAUAAAUUGACCAAAUUACAACAAGAAGCCUUUCCACCACACAGGAAUCAGAAGCGUAUCGAAAUCUCUCGGGGAUUGCUGGAGAAGCAAUAUCAACCAUCUAGAAUUAAAUUGGAAUUAUUUGAGAAAUACUUUACUAUACCACCAACGACAGAGGCAGAGCCUCUGCAGCUUGAAUCUAUCACCCUAACCGGACCCAUCGUUUGUGUGGCUGGACGUUAUCGUAAAUUGAGCCGUGAAUUAUCCCACACUCCCUGGGUACUCAAUGGUCAGCGACAAAUGGAGGAUAGUAUCGAAGAGAUCAUAAUACGUAAUAUAUCCCAACAUUUUACAGAGGAACAGGGCAAUAUAACUUUUAUGUCCAGCGGACGAGAAGAUGUUGACGUUAGAUGUUUGGGCAAUGGACGACCUUUCGUUUUGGAAAUUCCCAAUGCGUUGCGGCUAAGUUUAUCUAAGCAAGUUGCCUACGAAAUGGAACAAUCUGUAGACAAGUCCAACAAGGUAUCCAUUCGAGAUCUUCAAGUAGUACCACGUGAUCAAAUAACCUACAUUAAGACAGGUGAAGAACAGAAAAAGAAACACUAUCGAGCCUUGUGUGCUCUUAAGGAGCCUGUCACAUUGGAAAUCUUGGAAAAAUUACAAAUUUCCGAACCAUUUGACAUACAACAAAAAACCCCCAUACGUGUCCUGCAUCGUCGUCCGCUCCAUACUCGUCCACGGACUAUUUAUAGUCUUAGGGCAAGAGUCCAGCGUGACAAUUUGAAAUCUUUGGUUAUCGACAUAGUCACUCAAGCUGGCACUUAUGUCAAGGAGCUGGUUCAUGGGGAAUUUGGACGAACAAAUCCUUCAAUAUCAUCCAUUAUAGGGAAACCUAUUGAUAUAUUGGCAUUGGAUGUGGAGAGCAUUGAACUGGAUUGGCCACCACAAGUUAAUAAUGCUGUUGAAAAUUAAUAAAGAACACUUGUUGAUUAUUUGUUACACAA